AUGAGUCGAAUCGGUUUAGUGUUGUCCGAUCUAGUACUGUCUUUCAUGUGGAUAUGGUCAGGAGUUCUUGUCAACAUCUUAGUCCACGGAGUACUCAGGUUUAACCGCAAGGAUACGACUGGCGAGAUCGUUGGAUAUGCACUCUCUGUCAUCACCAUGUUCAUCUUCUCUUUCCUUCAGAAACUCACCAAAGGUGGACUUUAUAACCCUGUGGCCGCUUUGACUUCUGGAGUCUCUGGUGGCUUCAGCAGUUUCAUCUUCACCGUCCUGGUUCGAAUCCCCGCCGAGGUGAUAGGAUCGGUUCUUGCGGUUAAACAUAUCAUUCACAUUUUUCCUGAGAUUGGGAAAGGACCAAAGCUAAAUGUUGCAAUCCUUCAUGGUGCUUUAACGGAGGGGAUACUAACAUUUUUCAUAGUACUGAUCUCAAUGGGACUAUCAAGAAAGAUCCCUGGAAGUUUCUUCAUGAAGACUUGGAUUAGUAGUAUUGCUAAGUUAACUCUCCAUGUUCUUGGAGCUGAUCUAACCGGCGGAUGCAUGAAUCCAGCAGCGGUUAUGGGAUGGGCUUAUGCACGAGGUGAACAUAUAACAAAAGAGCAUUUACUUGUGUAUUGGCUUGGACCUGUGAUGGCUACUUUGCUAGCUGUUUGGUUCUUCAAUGUUGUGUUUAAGCCUCUUAGAAAAGAACAAGAGAAACCUAAGGCUAAAUCUGAAUGA